GUCUGUGAAAGUGAGUCUUUCUGGUUUUCUUUCAGUCUGAACUUGACACAAAGGUAACAUGACUGAACUGAAUAUAUGCAAAUCACUUUGUCAGGUGUCCACCCUGUAGUUAGAGGCCUAGAGGCCAGUCAGCCUUGUGCUGCAUACAACAGAGUACAGAAAACUCUUGUUCAGUACUGGUUCAGUUUGAUUUUUUUUUUCAUCAAGAUUUAAGUUGUUUUUCUUUUUUACAGUUUUGAUUUUAUGUUCCCCCUAAAACUGACAUGAUUAGGAUUAGGUUUUUCUAUUCCUACAGCCUUCUUAUACCCUUUUGCAUGAGAAUACACUGUUGCUUUAAUAUAGCCUCUUUUACUCGGUCCUCCUAUAGCUAAAGAAUAUUACGUCCUGAAUCAUUAUAUACUCCAAGACUAAGACUGAGCUCAACUUUCCUGGCCAAUCUGGCUGAGCAACACGCGCACUUCAUUCUGGGCUUUGAUUGGUUGCAUCUCGAGCGGGGGAAUAAUUUGCAUAUAACAGGCUGUAACACACACAAGCCUCUGCACCCACAGGAGUGAAAAGAAUCCAGCAGAGAACAGGACUGGAGGGUGUGCUGAAGUCACCUGGUUAAGAUGAAAAAAUCUGAAAAAGUACCAGACCUGAAAAUGUUUUCCACCACAGAUGAGUCCAAAAAUCCCUUUCGACCAUUGAGCCCUGAAGUUACCGUAAACCGAACUUUUCAUGCUCACCCACAUCAUGAUCAAUUCAGGCCAAGCUGUUGCGUAGAUGCGCAUCAUUUCUGCCAAAGCCAGCACAGAGGUGGACGAGUGAACCAGUGGCUUCAAGGGAGUCAUCCAGCUCAUGCGGCGCAGCACGUAGAGCUGAUGCACCACAGACAGCCAGAAGAUAGAGGAGCCAUUUUUGCGAGGAUGAAUUUUCAUCAUCAACCUCCUGAAGUCUGUCACUCACAUCCUGCAGAGACCAGACACAGUGACAUGAGAGGAAAGAGCAGCUGCUGGGACUGUGGACCAACAGAGCCUGCAAACAGAGAUACGUCUGGAGGGGAGUAUGGCUACAAUUCUCAACCUCAGAGCGAUGAAGAAGAGCUUGAGUCUCCACUGCCGCUGAGAUCUGACGACGACUGGCAACACUACAGUCCCUUUCUACCUCCUCACCACUACACCCACAACUAUGAAGGGUGGUACAACCACAGACUGGUCAACACAUACCCACCUCAACCAUGUCUACACGCUGCUCCCUGCCAGCACGGAAGACCAUGGGAUGACGCCCAAAGCUGGCUCCAACAUCAUGCUCCCAGCUGCAUGAAUGACAGCGUGGCUCAGGGAAGCGUCUCCGUUAACAUGCCUCAGUUCUCCGUCCCCCCUGUGCACGGCGUGUCACGGGUCAGUGUGAUCAACCCGAGCUCAGCGGGAGCAGAGGCGUCUGUCUCACAUCCACACGAGAGAAGAAGAACCAUCAGUCUGCCUGACGAGUGCCGAAACAUAUUUAUAACUUAUUCUUCAGACGUGUGCUCAGAGAUGGUCCCCUUUGUAGACUUCCUCACAAAGCAAGGUUUUCGACCAGCCAUUGAUAUAUUUGACAACCCUAUUAGACGCAUGGACAUCAACAAGUGGAAGGACAGUUACCUGAAAGAUCCAUCGAACCUGAUUAUCAUCGCCAUCAGUCCAAAGUAUAAGGCGGACAUCGAAGGAUGUGUAGCAGACAGCCAUGCUCUACACAAUAAAUAUGUUCACUCCAUGAUGCAGAGUGAAUUCAUCCAGCAAGGCAGCUUGAACUUCAGAUUCAUACCAGUUCUCUUCCUCAAUGCGUCUCAGAAACAUGUCCCAAGCUGGCUUCAGAACACGCGUAUUUACUGCUGGCCGCAGGACACUGAGGAUUUGUUACUUCGCCUGCUGAGGGAGGAGAGGUAUGUCCCUCCCCCUGUGCCUACGGAGCUCACCCUCAUCAUCAGGCCUGUGGCCCCGAGUUCUGCAGCUACACUGUAAAACACACAGCUGUGUUUAUGCAUGUGUUUAUGUGUUUGGUGAUUCAGUUUCAGACUGAUUUCAUGUGAAGUUAUUGUGCAGUUUCUUUAUUUUAUAAUCCUCAGAAGUGUUCCAGUACAAGUAAAUAACAGCUCAUCUUUUAAGUUGUGUUGUAUCCAAUGUACAGUUUUCAGAUGUUUCAAUAAAGUUUUUUCUCUGUGUA